CGUAACGAGAAUAAAAUCGGGCUGUCCUUGAGACAGUUGGCAGUCAUGAUAAUCUGUUCCGUCGCCAACCAAUCAACGCGCUGAUCAGCGUAUCACGUGAUUUGAUGUUUUGUUAUUGUUGUUGUAGUUGAUCGUGGUAUUUUAUUAUUUGUAUUUUACCGAACGCGCGAACGCACGUGUUUCGUUUUCGUGAAUCUGUUUGUUUGCGCUCUUAUUUCAUGUACAUUUACAUGCAUUUACUUCGGAAUGCCUGAUUCUGUGCUCUCGAUUUGGUGCUCUUCAGUUGAAGAGUAGUUCUUUGUUAUAUUGUCUUAGGAUAUUGCUCUCUUCUGCAAGACUCCAUAACUUCAGCCGUCUUUGAGUACUUCAAUAACUCAUCCAUGUAAGUUAAAUAAGUACGGUUUCAUGUGAUGGCUCCACUCAAGCAGGUGUCUUCUCUGUUCCAUUAUAGCAGACAAAUCUUCUUUCAUAGUGUGAUAGAUAUCGGUGAGAAGUUUAUCCGUGAAGAAAUCUCUUUUGGUUCCUUCACAGAAUAUAUCGAAACAAUUGAAUACCAGCUGAGUACUUUUUUGGGCCGAAAUCAUCCUAAUAUCUCGCCAUUGUGGCUUGAACUUGCUGAGCAGUUUGCUAAACGCUAUUUUAAUUCAUACGACGGAAAGUAUUUAUAUGCUACAGAAGCUAAGGGAUUGGAUAAUCCAUUUGCUCAAAUCAGCAAAGAGCCUAAAGUUCGAUUCCUGGUUGACUGCUUAGUACGGAAAGCAGCUUACUUUCGUAUGGAGAGACUCGAUCUCUGGUCAUGGCCGUUUUUAGUGAAUGUCAGUUUGUCAAAUUAUAUAUGGAAAGCCACUGAUUUAAAAUAUCUAAAACUUUAUUUUAGUAAAGAUACGGAUCAAAAUUUUUUUAGGGAAGGAAUCAAUUCUUUAAGUCAACGUCUGCUAAACCGCAUACCAUUUUUAACAAAUUUGACCCAUUUUCAUGUCAAUGAGUUCUCAGAUGAGCUCAUCGCCAUAUUAUGCAAGAAUUGUAAGUCUCUGGAAUCUCUUAAACUAGGAAAUCUUCAAAAAAAACCAGGGUUUACUAAUUAUCAUAUUACUAAUGAAAGCAUCGAAUUUCUUGCUUCUUUAACAAAGUUGAAAACUCUAGAAAUUAAUAUAUCUGAGGAUUUGUCUGCAAGAUUUCUUUUGAAGUCCCAAUCUCAUAACUUAACAUACUUUUCAAAUACAAUUGAACAUUGGGAGCUAGAUGAUAGUUUUAUUAAUGAGCUCCUAAAGGAAUUAGUCAGUGAAGUUGUGCCCUUCCGUCCUUUUAAUUUGAUCCAUAUAAAAUGUGACACGCUUGAUUCAGAUCUUUCGCAUUUGGUACCCAAGUAUUUCCCCUAUUUAGAGUCCAUUGAUGUUAUGAACUGCUUGGAUGAUAUGCCAGAAUUUUCUUUUCUAGAAUCUUUGAAACAUUUGAAAGCAGUUAAUUUACAAAUUACAGCUUUUGAAAAUGAUUUUCUUGACCUCCUGUCCUUAAAAAUUCCAUUGCUAGCGGAGCUAAAGUUAAACUGUGGUAGUGAUAGAGACUUUCCUCUAGAGACAAAUACCUUUCUGGAGUUUGGACUUAAUUGCCCCAACCUCCAUUCAAUUGAACUAGAACAAUGUGUCUUUGUUAAUAAUAUUGAACUGACCCCUAGGUCCCAGAGACCAUUUCAGAACUUGAGAAAUUUCAUAUUGUCAAAUUUAGGCUCUUUUCUCGGUGCUGAGACUAUCCUUAGUUAUGCCCCAAACAUUGAAGAAAUCCAUAUUUAUCCUGGCAAGGAAUAUCGUAUCUCAGAUGAAUUCUUUGACCGUAUCUUUCAAGCAAAUCCCCUCAGUAAACUAAGAAAACUGGCUUUUGCACAAUCUGAUGUGUCUUCAGAUAUGUUUAAAUUUCUUAUUAGAAGAUGCCCAAAGAUAACCUCCUUUGAAAGCUUGGAUGGAACUAAAUUUGAUGACGGAUGUUCCGAGAUAAGUAAAUUCAUAUCUGAGAACAAUUAUGAUGUAUCAUUUCGUUGACCCAUUGUAUCAUAAUUUUUUCAGCUCUUUCAGUUGGUUCAUUUCUUACUUAUUUUGUUUUAAUAGAUAGUUAGGAUUAUUUGUUUCCUUAUGAGUUGUUUUUUAAAAGAAAAAAUUAUCUGUACCUAUCGAUAGCUUAAGCUGAAAAGUACAUAUGCUAGCAUCUAAACCUGAUAGCAGGCAAAAGUUUUUGUUUCCAAUGGUAACUAAUUUAAUCGACGCACAACAGUCAAAACUAGUUUUUUCAGAGAUUACCUAUAUUAGUUUAUCGCAGCAAAUCAGACAAAUCUAGUUUUACCGAGAUGGCACAAACGAGUAGAAGCUGAACCACUUUGGCUAAUUUCAAACUAGUAUAAUUGAUCACUAAAAUUUUAUUUUGAAAUGUUUAACUUUUGUUUAUCAUAUUUGUGAGAUGAGACCCCAAUAUGUAAUCCUACUAUACUUUUGUCUUCAUCCAUAACAUUUUUUAUCGGAAUGUUACAAUUUUCUCUCAUUGCAUCUGUUGAUUUAUUUAUUCUUUUUUCCAAAUUCAGAUUUAAUUUCAAUACAUUUUUUUUUUAAUGAAGGUAUCAAAGCCACCUUGUUAGACUCAAAUGCAGCUGUCAUAUUUGUUAACAAAACUUUUUAAAACAGAAAAAGGAAAUGAAUAGCCAAUUUUUUUCACAGCAA